UGGAACUUUCAGACAAGGCAGCAAAUUCUUCACCGGUUAUGCACGGCUUAGCAAUGUAGAGUUCUACCAUACAGGCCAAGAGGGUUAUGUCGAGGAUUAUGAUCCUAGGUAUUCACUGGCAUUCCUUAGCACUGGAGCAAACACUGAACUAAGACCAUCUUCUAUAUCUCGGUGUUCUUUCCAUAAUGGAUUUUCCCCAGCAAUAGGACUAUUUGGUGCCACUGGCAUACCUGUCACAGACAAUGUGAUACAUCACACUGUGGGUCAGGGUAUGAGGUUAGCUGGGUCCAGUCAUGAAAUACGCAGAAACUUCCUGACGUUGAUGAUAUGGCCAGGAUCGUACCAGGACCGUUCUGAACCUUUUAACUU